AUGGGUUCUGUGAUGUUGGACUGGAGGUUAUCAUGUCUUCUUCUGCAUGCAGCUGUUUUGCUGCUGCUCAGCAAGGGGGAGAGGAUGUGCCCUGCAAGUUGUCGCUGUGAAGGAAAGAUUGUUUAUUGCGAAUCUGGCAUCUUCCAAGACAUCCCAGAAAACAUCACCACAGGAUGCCAAGGUCUGUCUCUGCGUUAUAACAACCUGCUGGUUCUGUUGCCAUACCAGUUUGCUCAUCUAAAUCAGCUCAUCUGGCUUUACUUGGACCACAAUUCAAUCAAUUCUAUAGAUGCUCUAGCCUUCCAUGGUGUUCGCAGGCUCAAAGAACUGAUUCUCAGUUCCAACAAAAUAACCCAUCUGCACAAUAACACAUUCAGUGCCAUACCAAAUCUGCGAAAUCUGGACUUAUCCUAUAAUCAGCUGCAAUCUCUACAGCCUGGACAUUUUUAUGGCCUACGUAAGCUACAAAACCUCCAUCUUCGAUCUAAUGGACUAAAACAGAUCCUAGUUCGCACAUUUCUGGAAUGCCGUAGCCUGGAGUUUCUAGACUUGGGUUAUAAUCGCCUUCGGAGCCUCACACGCACAACAUUUUUAGGGCUGUUCAAGUUGAAAGAGCUUCAUUUAGAGCACAAUCAAUUUUCUAGGAUUAAUUUCUUCAUUUUCCCACGCCUUACCAACCUGCAGGCUCUUUAUUUGCAGUGGAACCGCAUACGAUCCAUCAAUCAAGGCAUGCCCUGGACCUGGCACAAACUACAGAGAUUGGACCUUUCUGGGAAUGAAAUCCAAAUGUUGGACCCAGCUGUUUUUCAAUGUAUGCCAAACUUACAAAUUCUCAACCUUGAAUCAAACAAACUCAGUAGUGUGCCAGUGGAAGCUGUGGCAGCCUGGACUUCACUGACAAUUAUCAGCCUGGCUGGUAAUGCCUGGGACUGCAGCCCUAGCAUCUGUCCACUCAUGGGAUGGCUCCAAACCUUCAGAGACUCCAAAGACAUCAGCAUGAUAUGCAGCAGUCCCAAGUCUGUGCAGGGCGAAAGGGUCGUGGAUGUAGUGAGGAACCAGUCAACGUGUGUGGAUGUGGGAAAUCCAUUCUCAACCACUGCUUUCAUUAUUCUGACUAAAACCCCAGUUGUGAACAUCACAACUCACCCCUCUCCAAGUGGCAUUACGGAGCUGGCUCGUACUGAGUCACCUGUACAGAGAUUAACGCCCUCACCUGUCCGCCCUAGCUGGAAAGAGGGAAAGACAACAGAGUCCACAACCCUGAGCACCACAUCACCCAUCUCCCCAGAAGCCCCUACAUCGUUUAUCCCAGAGCUACCGUUUGAACAUAUGGCUUUCCAUAAAAUCAUUGCAGGCAGCGUAGCCCUGUUUCUGUCAGUGUCAUUGAUCCUCUUGGUUAUUUAUGUCUCAUGGAGACGCUACCCCAACACCAUGAGGCAGCUGCAGCAGCACUCAGUCAACCAUAAGCGCAGGAAAAAGGCUCGGAAGCAGGAGCAGGACCUGAACUCUCAGUUGCAAGAAUACUAUCUGAGCUACCACUCAAACUCAGAGACAAUGGACUCCCUGGUGAAUGAGACAAGGCCGUGCACGUGCACCAUAUCAGGGUCCAUAGAAUGUGAGGUCUGA